AUGUCCAAAAAUUUCAGGACACCGCGGUCAACUCACUCGGAGAAAAAAACAGAACAACUAACUGCCACAGGCCUGUCACAGACCUUUUGUCCCAGGCUACCUUCUACAGGCUACAGGCCACCUACCGUAGGCUACCGGCCAAAAACCUCCCAAAGACCUUUUACCAAAAGCUUCCUGUCAAAGACCUACUAUUGGGCUCCUGCCACAGGUUACCUGCCACAAGGUUCCUGCCACAGGCUACCUGCCACAGGCUACGUGCCACAGGCUACCUGCCACAGACUACCUGCCACAGGCUACCUGUCACAGGGCUCCUGCCACAGACUACCUGCCACAGGCUACCUGCCACAGACCUCCUGCCACAGACCUCCUGCCACAGACCUCCUGCCACAGGCUACCUGCCACAGAUCUCCUGUCAUAGGCUACCUGCCACAGACCUCCUGCCACAGACCUCCUGCCACAGGCUCCUGCCACUAUCACCUGCCACAGAACUCCUGCCACAGAUCUCCUGCCACAGACCUCCUGCCACAGACCUCCUGUCACAGACCUCCUGCCACAGACCUCCUGCCACAGGCUACCUGCCACAGAUCUCCUGCCACAGACCUCCUGCCACAGACCUCCUGUCACAGACCUCCUGCCACAGACCUCCUGCCACAGGCUACCUGCCACAGAUCUCCUGUCACAGGCUACCUGCCACUAACCUCCUGCCACAGGCUACCUGCCACAGAUCUUCUGCCACAGGCUACGUGCCACAGGCUACCUGCCACAUACCUCCUGGCACAGGCUACCUGCCACAGGCUACCUGCCACAGGCUACCUGCCACAGGCUACCUGCCACAGGCUACCUGCCACAGGCUACCUGCCACAGGCUACCUGCCACAGACCUCCUGCCACAGGCUACCUGUCACAGGCUACCUGCCACAGACUACCUGCCACAGGCUACCUGCCACAAACCUCCUGCCACAGGCUACCUGCCACAGACCUCCUGCCACAGGCUACCUGUCACAGGCUACCUGCCACAGGCUACCUGCCACAGGCUACCUGCCACAGGCUACCUGCCACAUACCUCCUGCCACAGGCUACCUGCCACAGGCUACCUGCCACGGGCUACCUGCCACAGACCUCCUGCCACAGGCUACCUGCCACAGACCUCCUGCCACAGGCUCCUGCCACAGACCUCCUGCCACAGGCUACCUGUCAGUGGCAGCUUACAACAAACCAUCUGCCAUAA